UCUGUCUGCCUAACGGCUACUAUACCUCAUACUUAAUUUCAAGCACCAAGAGACCUCUAUACCCAAACCCUCGCUUCAUCUCUUCAAUCGAUACCCACUCUCUUUAUUCAGAGAACCCGCAAAUCUUUCAUAAUCCAAUUACAUAAAACAUCAGACUCGUUAAUGGAUUCAACACCGCCUUCCCAUCGAUCGGAGCCCCGGUUGCGAACGAAAUGGGCCUCUCGUCUUGCAAGAAUUGGAGAUCUCAAAGUUGAAACCAAAGAACCUCCUCAUCUCUCUCUUGACCUCGUCCCACCUCCAUCACCCAAAAAGGCGGCCACCCCAUCUCCAUCCACAGUGUCUCUAAGGACUUCCAAUUCUCUUCCUCUUCAUGAACUCUUGCUUCUUUCAUCUUCUCCGCUCCGAAAAUCCAAGACCCGUCUUGCAGAUCGACUAGAUAUGGCUGAGGAGCAGGUCGAGGCUGCUGGCUCUCGCCGGAGGUGCAAAAGCAGGACAGCACAAAUGGGUCUACUAGGUUGUGCCUCGCCGAGGAAUGCUCGAAGGUCGAGGAGAAGAUCGGAGAUUGAGACUCGAGAAGAGAAGGAAUUAGGCUUGAUGGAUGAGAUUGGAAAGCCCAGGAAAAAAAGGCAUAGUGUCCGGUCGAAGAAGGAGAAGAUGAGUUUGGUCCCUUCUGUGCCUUCCGCAAGUUUAUCUCCAAAAACCGUAGAUGAUGAUGGAGGCAAUCUUGACCGAAUUGGGCAGUUGAUAAACGAUUUAGUUAUGUGGAGAGAUAUUGCAAAGUCAAGCCUUUGGUUUGGCGUUGGAACUCUAUGUUUCUUGUCUUCUUGCUUUACUAGAGGAAUCAACUUUAGCGUUUUCUCGGCGAUAUCCCAACUGGGACUUCUGUUUUUGGGCGCAUCAUUCGUCUCAAAUUCAAUCUGUCAAAGAAAUAAUGAUGAAAAGAAGCAUGACUUUAAGCUUAAAGAAGAUGACAUUUUUCGUCUAGCUAAAGUGAUACUUCCAGCUACAAAUCUUGCAAUCUCAAAGACAAGAGAGCUCUUCUCAGGAGAGCCUUCCGUGACACUAAAAGUAGCUCCAUUACUAGUUUUAGGAGCUGAGUACGGGCACCUUAUAACUCUAUGGAGGCUCUGCGCAAUUGGAUUUUUUCUCAGCUUCAGUGUCCCAAAACUAUACUCAUGCUACUCGAUUCAGAUAAACCAAAAAGUUGAGUGGUUGAAAUUGUGGGUGGCUGAAGUAUGGGGUGCUUGCACUCACAAGAAGAUUGUGGCUGCAUCAGCUGUCACUGCCUUUUGGAAUCUGUCUACUAUAAAAACCCGUAUUUUCACAGCAUUUAUAUCUCUGGUUAUACUCCGAUAUUGCCGACAGCAUAUAGUGCCCAGAAUGGACCAAGGAAAAACAGAUACAAGCGAACAAGUGCAGCAACAACAGGCAUUGGUUGUGAUAGAAGGAGAUGGCUGCCCAAAGUAGUAGUUUGAUUCAUCCAUGUUCAUUACCAUGUGGCCUGAUGAGGCAUUUGUGUUAAACUCUUGAUGGUUAACAACAAAAAUGGCUCAUCCAUAUUCAAACCUGGAUAAAAUAACAAGGCUUGACUUUCUUCUCC